UAUGGUCCCAACCAAGCAAAGACAAAGGAGACGGAGCUGCCAAAAGGUAAUAGAUGACUUAGAGUGGAGGUACCCAACCUGGAGCUACUGAAAACCACGGCUUUGAUCUUGCUUGCAACUGGGUGCCUGUAGAGGUGGUCUUUGGUCUUCCACAAGAAGAUGCCAUGAUGGCCACAAGUGGACCAAUGAGGAAGAUGAUGAACGUUCAUGUGCGGAUCAACCAGCUCAUCUUCGCAUUGUUUUGUCUCUCCUUUACCGGUGCGUCAGAAAUAGAGCGGCGGCUGCAUCAGAAAAUCUUUAACAACUACAACCUGAAGGUGCGGCCCGCUCAGUACUGGGAGGAGAGAGUGAUGGUGCGGGUGGGGAUGACCCUUUCCCAGCUCGUCAGCUUGAAUGAAAAGAACGGAGAGAUGACGACCAACGUUUUCAUGAAUCUGGAGUGGAAAGACUACCGCUUGUCAUGGGACCCAAAGGAUUAUGACAACAUUAAUGUUUUAAGAAUUCCUGCCAACAAGGUGUGGCGUCCUGAUGUCUACCUCAUAAACAACAAUGACGGUCAGUUUGAUGUCGCUCUGUAUGUCAACGUCUUGGUGUACAAUGACGGCACAGUCAACUGGCUGCCGCCAGCCAUCUACCGCAGUUCUUGCUCCAUCCAGGUUGCAUAUUUCCCCUUCGACUGGCAAAACUGUAGUAUGAUAUUCCGUUCAUAUACCUACGACGCCUCGGAAGUGGAACUGCAGUAUUUUCUGGAUGAUCAAGGCAAGGAGAUCCAGGAGAUUGUCAUAGAUGAGAACGCAUUCACGGAGAACGGGGAGUGGGCAAUAUGUCACAAACCCUCAAGGAAGAACGUCAAGGACGACCUGUAUGAGGAUAUCACAUUCUACUUGAUCAUCGAGAGGAAGCCUCUGUUCUACAUCAUCAACAUCAUCGUUCCCUGCAUUCUCACAAGCGUCUUGGCUAUUUUUGUCUUCUACCUUCCCCCUGGAGCAGGCGAGAAGAUGACCCUUUCCAUUUCGGUUCUGAUUGCCUUGACUGUCUUCAUGCUCCUGCUGGCGAACAAAGUCCCCGAGACGUCGCUGGCCAUCCCCAUCAUCGUCAACUACGUGAUGUUCACCAUGAUCUUGGUCACCUUCUCGGUCAUCCUGAGCGUGGUCGUCCUCAACUUGCACCACCGCAGCCCCAGCACACACAUCAUGCCCAACUGGGUUCGGAAGCUCUUCAUUAACUUCCUGCCAAAGUACAUUGGCAUGACACGACCAGAGCCGGACGAUUGUCUGCUGAAGGACGACUCUUGCAACGAAACCCCCGUCCACAACUUCAACGGACGCCAGCCUGGAGGGGAGUACUUCUUCCGCAAGAUCAACCCUGAUCUUGUCAUACCCUGGAGAGGCAGGUGUGACAGUCCUGUGCAGCUUCAGAGACUUCCAGAAGCAGAUGGAUUCUGUCUGAUCCUUCCUCCUAACCUGAAGUCAGCCAUUGCUGCCGUGACCUACAUGGCAGAGCAACUGAAGAAGCAAGACACAGAUGAUUCGAUAACAGAGGAUUGGCAGUUCAUCGCCCUGGUGGUGGACCGUCUGUUCCUGUGGCUCUUUGUUGUUAUCACCACGUUGGGCACCUUGGCCAUGUUCUUGGAUGCCAGUUUCAACUACACGCCCGACAACCCCUUCCCAUGAGGGAGCCCCAAACAAAAAGAAUCCAAAGUGUCAUGUUGUUGCUAAAUUUCUCCAACGCAGCUCAACAGAACAUAAGACUUUUCCAUCGUGGUGUUUGUUAUCAUCUACAAAAUGUCAUCUGUCAGUCAUAAAUGUAUGUCAU